GGCAGCCCCCUGAACGCUAGUCCUCGUUGCUCUGCGAUGGGGAACAAAGAACAGUCUCACUCGAGCGAAGUGAGGCCCAAGGGUCUAGGUAGUGCAGGCCCUUGGUAUCCACUCCCCCCCCCACCCCCAGCCACAGUCCAUCUGGUAUCUGGCGUGUUUCUCUCAAUGGGCCAUCACUGGGGGCUGGGGGGCGGGGGAAGGAAGGGAGGUAUCCAAGAUCCCAGGCUAAAGUCGGGCAGAACUGAGUGGGGGAGCUGGCUUGCUCCCGUCCUAGCUGCCUGACUUCGGCUCUGUCAUCUGUCGUCUGUCAUGUGGGGGUGAUCGUGGUACCCGCUGAAAGGGCUGUAGCAAGGAUCUGAGGUGAUGCCUGUCCAGGGUUUACCCAGAGCCCCAUCGAACCAGCUGGUAUUAGGAGGAUUGGGCCGAGCCAUCUGGGAUCUCAGCUCCAGUUCACCCUGCCCUGCACCCACCCACCUCCUGCAAAUGCCCCUCUUGCAGACUGUGUAGCCCUUCUGGCCAUUCCCAUCUGGCUUCCCUGCUUGCUUUUCUCCUUCUCUAAACGACCGUUCACUUCAUUUAUCCUCAUUGUCUGCCUCCCACUCUUAAAGUCCCUCCAGGGUAGGGAGUUUGUCUAUUUUGUUCAAUGCUGUGUAUCCAGCCCAGCACCCUGCAGGUGUCUGGCACCUGGUAGGCACUGCGGCAUAAAUGAAUGAACGAAUGAAUGAACGCCUGGAGUGCUCUGCACCUCCUUGGCUAGAAGCUUCUGUGUUCGCUCCCACAGCUCUGCCCGACAGUGGGCCCUCAGCCUCGCCCUGCCCACCGCCCCCGCACCUGCUCACGACAUUCCCUCUUCCCACCCUCUGCCCAGGGUCCCACCCCUCCGCCCCCCUGCCCUCCUCCUCUCCAAAGCCGGCCUUCUUUUCUUUUCUAUAAAUUUACUUAUGUAUUUAUUUAUUUUUGUCUGCGUUGGGUCUUCGUUGCUGCACAUGGGCUUUCUCUAGUUGCGGCGAGCCGGGGGCUACUGUUCGUUGCGGUGCGUGGACUUCUCAUCGCAGUGGCUUCUCUUGUUGCAGAGCACGGGCUCUAGGCGCGCAGGCUCAGUAGUUGCGGCGUGUGGGCUCAGUCGUUGUGGUUCGCGGGCUCUAGAGUAGUUGUGGCGCACGGGCUCAGUUGCUCCGCAGCAUAUGGGAUCUUCCGGGACCAGGGCUCGAACCCGCGUCCCCUGCAUUCUUAACCACUGCGCCACCAGGGAAGCCCCCGGCCUUCUUUUCAAACCUCCCCUCCCCCAGGAGGUCGAGCCCUCAGCAGCCUUGGCUUUUCAGGGUGCACAUCACGCCUGCUUUUACCUGUCUUGAUUGCUGUGUUUCUGGUACCCGCUUACCUUUUGCAGCAAGGUGUGGGCCUCGCUCUCCUUGCCCUAGGCCAGGUCCUGGUAAGCCUGCCUCCAUGCGAGGUAACAGAAAACCACUGCACCCCAGGUCGACUCAUUUCUGCCUCCAGGAUGGGGCUGGGGGGCCUUGGCUGGCUGUGGCACGUGUUCAACAAACAGCGGGUCCCACAGCGUCCCCACAGCCCGGCUCCCCUCUCAGCUUGUGCUGAAUGGGGCGGAGGUUAAGUAGAAGGAGGCCACUGCCCUGCGUGGCCCUGGACCAGGCCUGUCCCCAGUGGAGCUGCGCUGCUCUGUUGGCAAACACAGGCUACGGCUCCCAGGGGUGGCCUCAGGACGCUGCCGCUAGAGCUGCUCCAUUCAGUUUGCAGUAGACCCACCUGGGCGGGUGGGGCACGAUUGUCGGGCCCCCUCCUGGCAUGGUUCCUUUUUUUUUUCGGCCGUGCCUCACAGCUUGCGGGACCUUAGCUCCCCGACCAGGGAUUGAACCCGCGCCCUCAGUGGUGAAAGCUCAGACCGCCAGGGAAUUCCCUGGCGCGGCUCCUUUAUGGCAGCGGGGCUGCGUUUAGCUCCCAGCCCAGGACUGCGGCUCCCAGCUCCAGCUCCCCAGCCCUCCCUCCUGUCGUGUCGUGGAGGCCACCUGGUGGUCUGUUCGCCUUUCAUCCCCCUGAUGCCGUCUCCUCUUACCACAGAGACUCCCUCAUUCCGGUCCUGCUGUGUGAGGACGCUGAGGGAGACCCAUUAGAAACAAGCCGCCUCUCCAGCUGGGAGCUGGCAGGAAGCCUGGCUGUGUUCUCCGCACCCCCACCCCAGUGUUCCGGCCCCUUCCACUUGCAGCAUCCCACUGGGGCCCCACCUCAGCGCAGCCUCCUCUGACUGACGCGGGGCAUGUCCAAGCCUGGGCUCCAUGUGUGCCAGGGCCUUGUGGUGCAGGGACAGCCGGCUGUGGCACCUUCAAGGAUGCUGGUUAGACACCAGGAAACCCAGGACCUAGUGUGUCUCUGGCACAAGCUUGCUGUGACCCCCUGGGCCUCAGUUUCCCCCGGAAGUUAAGGGGAGUUGAUCUACUGAGCUUCCUUCCAGCCUAAACGUUCCAUAAAUCCGUGACCUGGAGCAUUUUGCACAUGCCCAGCAAAACUGUGAUGUCAUGGAGGGCAGAAGCCACUGCCUUUCUCUGCUCAGAGGAGAUUCUGGGCACGUCGUGGACCUCCUGGAUGACACUGGGACAGUUUGUGAGGCACCAAGAGACAGUACUCCCCGCAGCGUCAAUGUUUCCAACCAGGGUCAUCCCUGCAAACUCCACAGGAGGCAGGGAGGGGGCACCAGCGGCCAACUGAGGCCCAGAGAAACUCACGUCUACAGCUGAGGGAAGGAAGUCUUGUUUCACGGCAAAGAACGUGCCCCUGGAGGGUAAAAGGGCUUUGGGUUGGGCUUGGCUCCGUUGCGGACAGCCUGCCGGGUUCUUGAGCAAGUGCACAGCCUCCUAGGGCCUUGUUUCCUUCUCUGCAAAAUGGGGAUGAAAACAGUCCCUGCUCCCCAGCGUUGUGGGGAGCUGCUGAGCCCUGUGCGCUGCUGAGAGGGGCCGUGGGCAUCUCACAACCCCCGAGCUGGAUCCGCGGGUCUGGCCCUGGGAGCUCGACUCUCCUCUUCCUUGCACAGACUCCUCCUCGCCUGUGAAUGAGCAGACAGGAUGAUGAAUGAGGUGAAGGAAUCCCUUCGAAGUGUGGAGCAGAAGUACCAGCUCUUCCAGCAGCAGCAGUUCACCUUCAUUGCUGCCCUGGAGCACUGCAGGGAGAAUGCCAGCGACAAGAUCCGGCCCAUCUCCAGCAUCGGGCAGGUGGCCUCCCGACAUGGCGAACUACCUCAGCUGUCACGAGGCCAGGAACCACUGUGGAGGCGUGGUCAGCCUCAUCCCCAUCGUCCUAGACAUGAUGAAAGAAUGGGUCGCCCACUCGGAGAAGCCGCCCCGCAAAGUGCUGCAGCACGGGGCGACUUAGCUUCUGUAUUCUUGCUUCCUAGGAGGCGACAGUCAAGAAUAAAAAGCGUUCUGCCACCUCUUUGCCUGGCCUGGUUUCCUGGGAUUUAUCCCUUAAAGAAAACGACAUUCACCCUAAGACCCCAGAAGAUGCUGGGCAGUAGCCCCACGAGCAAAACCACUAGCAAAGCGCUACCACUGUGGAGGAGAACACACCCAGCUCCAAAGAGGGUCUGCUGUGAAGAGGUUUCUGCCAAAGGCCCACAGAAGGCCAGCCCAGUAACUCCUUGUAUAGUUAGAGACCUACUCAGACAAGAACAUCUGAAUUUUCCAGACAAAACUUACAACUGCCACCUCGAUGUCCUGUCCCGAAGGAGCUGAUCCCGCUGUUAAAUGGGCAGAGCUGACCAAUUUCCAGGGCAGCUGGGCAAGCGAGCAGUGGAAAACCACACUGCAGACGUAGCUCUUCACCACUGGUCCUUUCCCAGUAAGGCCAGGGUGGAUCUUGCAGUCGUUUGAAGGUAGUUUCCCUCCUUCCUCCAAACACCUGAUGGCGUAGGGAAGGUGGUGGACGCGAGCUGCACUCCCUCUUCAGCACACUCGUAAGACACAAUCGGCAAGGCUCAGGGUCUGUAAGCGUUUGACAACUUCGGUGCCACCUGCGCUCCUCCAAAAGGGCUGUAUUAAACCCGAUGUGCCGGCCAACCCCCAGGAAGGCAAGCACACACCAAAAGCAAGGCUGGAUGGCUGUGCAGACCCGGCCCGCCACCUGGUUUUGAGAGCUGCUGGUAGAGAUGGCUCCAGUCACCUCCCCCCACACCACCAUGACACUUUGUGGGAAGAGCGUGAAUUUGAGGCAGAUACAGGUAGGAUUUGUGGCUCUUUGCCAGAACAAAAGGAUCUUACAGGGACUAAAGCCAGAUUCCACUUGUCAGCACCCGCUCCAGCCACCCAAGGUCACCAACCAAUCCAGACCCUGAGGCUUUCCAUCUUUGGACAAGUUCCUACUUUGCCUAUAAGCCCCUCAGAGGCCAACGUGAGUCACUUCAUGUCAAUACAGCAAAGUAGUGCA